AUGGCGGACCAAGCGAGCAGGAGAGUCACUCAACCGAGUGCUGGUUAUCCACAGUUUUCGUUAACAAAACAACGCUUUGACCAGAAAACAUACAGUGGAAGACUACUGCGAUGUUUUGAGGUGACAGAUCCUCGAUCUCUCUUUACUAAAGAGUCCAAACUGCAACAUUCCAUUCAACUGCUGAAUGAUUUCCAAAAAGGACUUCACAAUAAAAAUGUCACAGAUAAAGAGCUUUGGGAAGCAAAAAGAAUCAAGGAGGCCAUUAUCCAUCCAGAUACAAAUAAAAAGAUAUUGAUGCCUUUUCGGAUGUCAGGAUAUGUUCCAUUUGGAACCAUUACAGUUGUUGGUAUGUUACUUCCGGCACCUAGUCUUAAAACAGUUAUAUUUUGGCAGUGGAUUAACCAGAGCCACAAUGCCCUUGUAAACUAUUCCAACAGAAAUGCMAGUAAGCCAACUCCAAUCAGCAAAUUUCUGUUGAGUUACACAGGGGCUAUUACUAGCGCUGUUACAAUAGCUGUUGGCUUAAGUAACUUGAUAAAAAAGACAAAUUUCUCAAAUCCAAUGAUAAAAAGCCUUGCUCAGAGAUUGGUGGCAUAUCCUGCAACAGCUACAGCCAACAUCUGUAACAUAGUGUUAAUGAGGAACCAGGAACUGUUCACUGGUAUUGAUGUAAAGGACAAGGAUGGUAACAUCAUAGGAACAUCAAAAAUUGCUGCAAGAAAUGCAAUAUUUGAGACAGCUUUGACCAGGAUCUUCCUACCAGCACCAGUCUUGAUUAUACCAGCAUUGGUUAUGGCACCAUUAGAAAGGACUCAUUUCCUGAAAAUCCGUCCCAAACUCCAUUUACCGGUUCAAGCCGCAGUGUGUGUUGUCGUGUUCGGUAUUGCACUGCCGUUUGCAAUUGCAAUGUUUCCUCAAGAAUCCCAGAUAUUAACAACAGAUUUGGAACCAGAAAUACAAUCCAACACAUUGGAGACUAUGUUGUAUUACAAUAAGGGACUUUGAAUAAUCAACGAAUGGCACCGACGUCAAGAAAUGUUGGUAAAACUUUACACAAUAUUUUCAGAAUCGAUUCUUUA